UUUGUUUUGAUUGCUGAUUACUUCUCGGUGAGGCGUAUCGGCGUCGUGGUUUGUGUGGAUGUGGAUGCGGCCGUACAUCGGAUAGCCGUCACGAAACAUACGGGACAGCGCAUCAAGAUGAUGCGCGAAGGGAAGUGGCCAGAGUACCUACGACAGCUGCAAGUGAAGCAGUCGAUUGCAGCGCGUUUCAACCUUAGAUCAGACCCAGCGGUCGUUCGACAUCGUGUAAGAAUUUCGCAUUGCCGGGGUUAG